AUGUACGUAAUAACAUUGUUAUCUCUCGUUGGUGCCGCUAUCGCGGCACCAAGCGCACUUGCUCCGCUUAUUGUUGAAGAAUCGGAAACAGUUGCACUUGACCAGCGUAUUGUUGGAGGAACUGAUGCUGAUAUAGAAGAUUACCCUUUUAUGGCUUUCAUUUUUGUAUCUAACGAUGGAGGCGUGUUUGAUUUUAUUCCACUCUGUGGCGGGUCUCUAAUUACGUCCAGAUCCGUUCUUACGGCAGCCCACUGUUACUUUGAUAGUGUUAGAGAACCAGAUCAAUACCUUGUACGACUGGGCUCGACAUUCCUAAGGUUUGGCGGUCAUCUACAUACAGUCGAAAAUUGGGUUGUACAUCCUGAAUACUUGGAACCCGUUUUAUACCACGACAUUGCUAUACUGAAACUCGCUACCCCCGCCAUAUUCUCCAACCGCGUUGCAGUUGCCCGAAUCGCUGGACCCAACUACAGCAUACCAGAUAACACUACUGUCACAGCUACCGGAUGGGGCCAAAUUGAUUAUGCUGGUCCUAUAUCACAGAUCCUUCAACAAGUUGAUAUAAAAAAAGUCAACCGUGAUAUCUGCCGAGAUAAUUACGCUGAACUAUACGAUUUGCUAGAGGAAGAAUACCCUACUAAUAUAACAACGGAUAUGAUAUGCGCUGGAAUUUUGGACGUGGGUGGGAAAGAUGCAUGUGGCGGUGACUCAGGCGGACCUCUUCUUCACCAAGGAGUCAUUAUUGGAGUUACCUCUUUUGGAUAUGAAUGUGCCCGUCCGAAUUACCCCGGUGUCUUCAUGAAAGUACCUUCUUAUACCAAUUGGAUUGUUGAUAAUGCGUAGAAAUUAUGAUCAGUAAAUUAUAUGUCCAGUGAAUAUAAUACAAUAUAAGGAAGGCAACAGUAAUUUCUAGAUAUUUUAUUU